UGUGGGCAGUCAGCUUCUCCAAGGCGGCGCGUUUGUUCUUCGCAAUUCGAUCCAGCUGCUCUGGACUCAGCGAAAUGCAGUUAAAUGGAUCCAUUUGUGACCCAGACGAGGAAGCGCAUUGAGGGGCCAGAGGAAAGUACUAAUGGGAAGACAGAGCACCAGAGCAAAAAAUUCAAAGUUUGUGAAGAGGAGGAGGAGGAAGACACCUUCAUCACAGCAGAAUUCUCUCACCCUCUCCCAUGGCAGAAGAUUGAAGCAGAGGGACUGGACUGUGACUAUGCUCUGCUGUUCUCAAAAGAUGAAGCAGACAGGCUAUUUAAACAACUGGAGGAAGAAGUGGAGUAUUUCACAGGUGAAAAGGCCCAGGUUCGGGUGUUUGGGAAGCUCUAUAGUGUUCCUCGGAAACAGGCAACAUAUGGCAACCCUGGACUGAUGUAUUCCUUCUCAGGGGUGCAUCUUUUGGCCAGGCCAUGGACCCCCACAGUGGAGUACAUUCGAGAUUCUGUCACCAAGGCCACUGGGCGCACCUUCAACUUUGUCCUUGUGAACAGGUACAAAGAUGGGAAUGAUCACAUAGGCGAGCACCGCGAUGAUGAGAAGGAGCUGGACCCUGAUAGCCCCAUCGCCUCGGUGUCAUUUGGGGCAGCUCGGGAUUUUGUGUUUCGUCACCGGGAUGCGCGAGGUCAGCGACCACGCCGCCCCAUUGACCCGGUGAAGCUAGUGCUGGCCCACGGAAGCCUGCUGCUCAUGAAUCAGCCCACCAAUACCUACUGGUACCACAGUCUGCCAGCCCGCAAGCGGGUCAUCAUGCCACGCAUUAACCUGACCUUCCGAAAUGUCAUCCAGAACAGCAAGAGCUGAUGCAUGCUCCAGUCAGUGAGCUGCAGCUGGCUUUGGGAACCGUUUCUGUUUUACUGUACAUGUGAGUUUAUUUCACUUUUGUGUCUGUAAGGCAUCAGACUACAUUUAGAGCACUCCGGUAUACUGGUAACCUCUGGGACUUCUGACAUUUCUGGAAAAAAUGUGAGAAUCCUUGACAAACAUUUGGAUUUUUGUAGCUGAGAUGGUGGCAGUGUGAUGUCAUCACAACUGUGAAUCUGAGAUAGUGUUCCCAGGCAUGUAUAUUUGUGUAUUGACAGUGAUGGGUUUAAAAAUGUAUGCACCUGCAAAUAAAUGUC